AUGCUCAUCGAGGCUGACGCAAUGAGCGCUGCUGCACCGGGCGCCGAUGAACCGCCGACGCGGCCCAUGUCGUGCGACGACGGCUGUGUGCCGCCGGCGGAGGCUGGCGAGAGUCGCGAGGAGUCGCCGAUGGCCAUCGAUGCUGCAGCCGAGGAGCUCGACCGACAGGCAGCUGCGGCGGCGGAGGCGGCUGCGCCGGAGGCGGCAGGGAGCGGGCCCUCGCCGCCAGCGGCCGAGUGCGCCGCAGCCGAGGAGGAGGCUGCGAUCGUCGAGGCGGCAGCGGGAGACGGCGAAGCGGAGGACGACGAGGAGGAGGACGAGGGCGAGAAGAAGGGCGAGGGGGAGUGCGAGGAGGACAGCGAGGAGGAGAAGGAGGAGAAGGCGACGGCGGAGGAGAAGGCGGAGGAGAAGGAGGAGGAGAAGGAGGAGGAGGAGAAGGCGAAAGAGGAGGAGGAGGAGGAGGAGGAGGGGGAAGGCGAGGCGGAGGAGGAGGAGGGUGGCGCCCCAGUCUACCAGGCCUCGCGCACCGACGAGCGCGACCAGGCUUUGCUGGCGGAGUACCGCGACAAGUGGCUCGCCAGGUAUGCGCAGGCGGCGGUGGCGCGGCACGCGGGCGUCUCGCCCGGCCAGCUCUCGGCUUGGCUCAAGGGGACGAUCGGCCACAGGGCGGCGCCGCAGCUCCACGUUGGGGCCAAGGUGCGCGCCCGCUUCGGCGCGACCGCGCUUGGCGCCGUCGGCACUAAGUUCUACCCGGCCGGGUGUCCGGUUCCCGCCGGCUCGCCCGCCGUGUUCUCCUGCAGAGCCGAGGGGCAAUCUCGCGCAAUCUCGUCACUCGAGGGGCAAUCUCGCGCAAUCUCGUCACUCGACGGCGCCAGUGGAGACGGGGGCAUCUGCGGUCAAGCGGCGGGGCCGGGCACCGGCGGUCAAGGAGCGAAGCCGGCGGCAUCCUCGGGUGCGACGGCCGAGCAAGCGGCAUCCGUCGCGGCAAAGCGGCGGCGCGCGCGCAAGAAGGAGAAGCCGCCUCCUCGCCCCUUCCCGCCCUCCUGCGCGCCGGGGCUGCGGGCGGAGCUAGCAGCCAAGGGGCUCCCUCCGGAGCGGCAGCUCGGCCGGCUGCAGCGGGCGGCCGAGGCGAUGCGCUCCCACCUCGCUCUGCCGCUCGCGACGCCGCUCCACCCGGUGCUCUGCCGCGCCGCGCCGCCGCGCGGCGCAACGGACGCCGACCCAGCGGUCCUCCUCUGCUCGGCGCGGGAAGACCGAGCGGUCCGGCUCGUGGUGCCUGCGGUGCCUGCAGCCGCGCCACAGCUCGGCGCCACGCCGGCACCGGCGGCCGCCGCGUCCGCUGCGGCGGCCUCGCCGCCGGCGUACGCGCUACUUCGCUUGCAGCUCGUCAAGAAGGCGCAGUUCGCGACGGACUCGGACUCGGAGGCAGAGCUCGAGACGGUCGGCGGGGCGAUGCCGGCCGCAGUGCCGCCGGCCGGGCCGGACGAGCAAGAAAAGAACACCAUCUUCGGCGAGAGCAGCGCCAACCUGCCUCCCUCCGCCGCCGCGGCCGAGCCGACCGGCGAGGCCGAGCAGGCGGGCGAGGGCGAGGCAUGCGCGGGCGAGGCAUGCGCGGGCGAGGGCGAGGGCGAGGCUGGCGCGGGUGCGGCUGCAACACGCGACUCCCCGUGGGAGGGCGCAUGUGCAGGACACGCGGUCGAUUUCAAGCGGCUGCGCGGUAUCGACGCCGCGCUGCUGGCCGGGCUGGCCGGGCUGUCCGCCGGCGGCGGCGGCGGCGGCGGCGGCGGCGGCGGCGGCGGCGGAGGCGGAGGCGGCGGCGGCGGCGGCGGCGGCGCGAGCUGUCCCCGUGAGGCGCAGAGCGCGUUGCUCUUCGCUCUUGCCGACCGCAACCACUUGCGCGACCACCCGCGGGUGACGGCGCUGCUGCGGGAGGUUGGAGGGGCGGGCGCCUUCUAG